UCUCCAUAAGACGGGAAAAGUAGGAGAUUCGUUCGAUCAGAGAGCUUUGAAGAUGAAUAAACAAUUUUUCUUCAUAGCCGGAGUCUGCCUGCUGGCUUACGUGGCAGUGGAAGUGAGCGCCCAGUAUAAUAUGGGAGGGUAUAGAAUGCACGGGGCUUACCCGGGUAUGGCGGGAGGUGUAUACGGGGCUAACUCCGCAGAGAGACAGAAAUAUCAGCGGAAUGUUAUAGCUUACAGAAUGGCAUUGAGAGAUUGGCAGCGAAAAGCGUCCAGGACCAUUGUCAUUAGAAACGCCCUCAAUGAUCUGGCCCGGGCAUCAACUUUCACCAAAUGGAGUGCCUUGGUGCCGGGGAUCCUUACCUUGCUGGCGUUCUCCAACUCCACGUCAAUUCCUCUCGUUGGAUAAACUCUUUAUCGAAUACCACGAUUCUGUUAACAAUUGGUAAACAAACUUUGUACGUUAGAAAUACAAAUGUAUUCAUGAUUUAUUACUUUAAAAUAUUAAAGAUAUUAGAAAUGGAAGUUAAAAAUGGAAACAAACAGAAAUACGAUUUAAAAUGCUAUCAACAAGAAUUUACGCUAAUAUCCAUAAUCCAAGUAAUGUUUUAAUAGAGAUAUGCUCUUAUGUUGUAAUCACGAGAAAGGGACAGUUUAAAUGCUCGAAAAUUAAAAAGAAAAAUGCGAAUUUUUUAAACAUUCUGUUUUCAGAUAAAAGGUACUUUAGCUAUUGUAUAUAUAAAAAAACUAAUAUUUAUGUACCUAUAACUUUUUUUUCCUAUUCUAAUUUUCAUUAUUUAUGUAAUUAUAACUUUCUUUUCCUAUUCUAAUUUUCAGGGGCGGUGACAUUGCGAUGCGUGAUAGGCAGAAAUAUCAUUUCUAUGUCAUUUUAUUUGAAUAAACAUCCUUCUUAUUUUGUAUCCUUCGUGAAGUUUUAUCAAAUUUGAAAUAUUGGGAGUGCGAGUUAAAAUUGUUAUAUACGGUAAUAUGCUUCACAACAAUCUUAAUUUAUAAAAAGAUAUUGAAAAUACGUUAUCUUUUUUCUUUUUACCAUGACCGAAGGCUCCAUCAUUUUGAAUUAUUUUAAGCUGACUGAACAGGGUUUUUUUGUGUGUGGUU